AGUGAUGGCGGGAGUUGGACUGUGACCCAUGGGCCAAUGCCUUGCCCAGGGCUCUCUUCCUUAUGUUUGUCAUGUUCUUUUUGCAGGAACUGAGUGGCUCCUCCAUGGCCCCUAUCUUGACAACAGUUCAAUCGACAACAGCUCCCCCCACAUUUAACAGGACCAAUAAAUUCACAGCUGGCUUCCAGAAUAUUGUAGAUGCGUAUGGCGUAGGCUGUUACCGGGAGAUAAACCCAGCUCCCUACACUGUCAUCACGUUCCCCUUCCUCUUUGCUGUGAUGUUUGGCGACUGUGGUCACGGAGCUGUGAUGCUCCUGGCGGCCCUUUGGAUGGUCCUAAAUGAGAGACGCUUGCUCGCUCAGAAGACGGACAAUGAGAUCUGGAACACCUUCUUCCACGGGCGCUAUCUCAUCCUCCUCAUGGGCAUCUUCUCCAUUUACACGGGUUUGAUUUACAACGACUGCUUCUCCAAGGCCUUCAACAUCUUCGGCUCUUCUUGGAGUGUCCAGCCCAUGUUCAGAAAUGGCACAUGGAAGUAAGUUUACAGACGGAGGUGGGUCACUCCCUGACCAUCCAAGGUAGG